AUGGCUCACGAAGAAGAAGAGCCUAAAAAGGUCCAAUACCCAUUGGACUCAAACUCCUACAACAUUCUUCAUGAAGUUGGUUUUGGUGGUAGCGCUGUUGUUUACAAAGCCGUAUGCGUGCCCCUGAACUCCACGGUGGUGGCGAUCAAAGCCAUCGAUCUUGAUCAAUCCCUGGCGGAUUUAGAAAAUGUUAGACGCGAAGCCAAGAUCAUGUCGCUUCUCUCCCACCCAAACAUCCUCAACGCUCACUGUUCCUUUACAGUUGAUCGUCGCCUUUGGGUGGUGAUGCCAUUCAUGUCCGCCGGUUCUUUACAAUCUAUAAUUUCUUCUUCUUUCCCAGACGGCUUAUCCGAGCCAUGCAUUGCCAUUCUUCUCAAAGAAACUCUAAGCGCCUUGUCCUAUCUUCACAACCAAGGAUACCUUCACAGAGACAUCAAGGCCGCUAACAUCCUUAUUCACUCAAAUGGGUCCGUGAAGCUUGCAUCAUCAUCUUUGAUGCUUAAAGCUGAUGUCGCGGGAAUGCCUUAUUGGAUGGCCCCAGAGUUACACUCGCAAAAGGCUGAUGUAUGGUCCUUUGGAAUCACUGCAUUAGAAUUGGCCCACGGAGGCCCUCCGUUGUCUCGCCUCCCUCCUUCAAAGCACAAGAAUUUGUCCAAGGCCUUCAAAGACAUGGUGGCUUCGUGCCUCGAUCAAGACCCAUCAAAGAGGCCCUCGGCAGAGACUUUGUUAAAGCAUUCGUUCUUCAAGAAUUGCAUGGGUUUGGAUUUUAUUGUAAAGAACGUCUUGCAGGGGUUGCGUAGUGUUGAAGAAAGGUUCCACGAAAGCAAGAUUAAUAUACUUGCGCGGUUGACGAGCAAGAAUGGCGAUGAUGAGGACGACGACGACGACGAGUGUGACUCAGCGAGGCAGAGUAGUAUGAAAGAGAGAAGGAUAAUCAGUGGGUGGAGCUUUAACGAGGACGGGUUUGAACUCGACCCAGUCUUCCCAACAGAGUCCACUGACGAUUCAGCUGAGAAACAAGUUCGGUUUGGCGGAGAAACUAUAAUAAUCGAAUACAAGGGAAGUAAGUCGGGUGAGUCAGGCGAGUUAAUUCCGAGUUCACCGGGUCAAGUUGUGGAAGAGGCCCAAGUGGGUUGUCAUAGCGAUAGCGAGGCUGAGAAUAGAAGAAGCGGUGGUGAAGCUAUGGUGCAGGGUCUAGUGGCGUUGAAGAUGAGCUUGGAUGAGCAAAGGGAAACGGUGAACAAUCUGAUUGAGUUGGAGAUGAAGAGGGAGGAGGAGAUGGCUCAGGUUAUAGAGAGGCUGAGGGUUGAGACCGAGAAUGAGAGAAAGUGGAGCUUGGAGUUGGAGACGGAUUUGGAAGAUUUCAAGCUUCAGGCGUCCGGUGCAUAUGGCAGCUGUGGUGGUGGUGCUGAUUGA